UCGGUCCUUUCCCGGCAGCAAUUCGGCCGCCCUAGUGUGGGUUGGCGACAUGGGGAAGAGUGUUUGAGUAACACUGCCGGUUGCGCAGAGGAGGUGGAAUGGGGGCAGGUGUCUAUACAAGGGAGCUCGGAAGGGACGGAUAUCGCUGUGACACUGCAGGGACGCCCUGAGGGGACUGGUGUCAGUGUGGCACCGGUGCACGCUGAAGGAUCUGGCAGAGCUGGGCGGCCAUGGGGACGUGGGCGUCGCUGGAUGCGGUGUGGGAUAUGCCGGCUGAAAAGCGAAUCUUCGGGGCCGUGCUGCUUUUCUCCUGGACCGUGUAUCUGUGGGAGACCUACCUGGCGCAGCGGCAGAGAAGAAUAUAUAAAACAACAACUCAUGUACCAAUGGAGUUAGGACAGAUCAUGGAUUCAGAAACAUUUGAAAAAUCUCGACUGUAUCAGCUGGAUAAAAGUACUUUCAGCUUCUGGUCAGGACUCUAUUCAGAGAUUGAAGGCACUCUUAUUCUUCUCUUUGGGGGAAUCCCUUAUCUCUGGAGACUUUCUGGACGGUUCUGUGGCUAUGGUGGCUUUGGAUCAGAAUAUGAGAUCACUCAGUCUUUGGUGUUUCUGCUGUUGGCUACGCUUUUUAGUGCAUUGACCGGUUUGCCAUGGAGUCUUUAUAACACUUUUGUGAUAGAAGAAAAGCAUGGUUUCAACCAACAGACUUUGGGGUUCUUCAUGAAAGAUGCAAUCAAGAAAUUUAUUGUGACUCAGUGUAUUUUAUUGCCUGUGUCUUCACUUCUACUUUACAUUAUUAAAAUUGGUGGUGAUUAUUUUUUUAUUUAUGCCUGGCUGUUCACAUUAGUUGUAUCUCUGGUGCUUGUCACAAUCUAUGCUGACUAUAUUGCCCCUUUAUUUGACAAAUUCACUCCUCUACCUGAGGGCAAGCUUAAACAAGAAAUUGAAAUAAUGGCAAAGAGUAUUGACUUUCCUUUGACUAAAGUAUAUGUUGUUGAAGGAUCUAAACGCUCUUCCCACAGCAAUGCCUAUUUUUAUGGCUUCUUCAAGAAUAAGCGAAUAGUUUUGUUUGACACUUUAUUAGAAGAGUAUUCUGUACUAAACAAAGACAUCCAGGAAGAGUCUGGCAUGGAAUCCCACAAUGAUGGAGAAGGGGACAGUGAAGAAAUAAAAGCUAAAAUUAAAAAUAAGAAACAAGGAUGCAAAAAUGAGGAGGUCCUUGCUGUACUAGGUCAUGAAUUGGGCCAUUGGAAGUUGGGACACACAGUGAAGAAUAUUGUUAUUAGCCAGAUGAAUUCUUUCCUGUGCUUUUUCUUGUUUGCUGUGUUAAUUGGUCGAAAGGAACUUUUUGCUGCAUUUGGUUUUUAUAGCAGUCAACCUACUCUAAUUGGGCUACUGAUCAUCUUCCAGUUUAUUUUUUCACCUUACAAUGAGGUUCUUUCUUUUUGCCUAACAGUACUAAGCCGCAGAUUUGAGUUUCAAGCUGAUGCGUUUGCCAAGAAGCUUGGAAAGUCUAAAGACUUAUAUUCUGCUUUAAUCAAACUAAACAAAGACAACUUGGGAUUUCCUGUUUCUGACUGGCUGUUUUCAAUGUGGCAUUAUUCUCAUCCUCCACUACUAGAGAGACUUCAAGCUUUGAAAACCUCAAAACAAGACUGAGUUGCUCAUGGACCUGUGGUUGAAGACAUUUCUGGUUAUUUCUGUCCUGGCAGCAUGUUCCAGCUCUUGAUGUUUUUUAAACUUUUUUUUUUUUAAGAAAAAUUAUUAAGUACGGAACAGUCUAGAUUUAAAUACAUUCAAUAUCUCAUUUCAAAAAUGAUUUUAACAAUCCAUUUCUUAAAGAAAAUAGGUGGGAUUUAAGGUUUACUGUUUUUAAAGGGCAUACUUCUAGCUUUAACAACUAAUUCACAUCAACUUGUAAAAUUAUUUGAGAAAAAUACAGAAUUUGUUUUGUUUACACACAUAUAUAGAAUAUGCAUACAAAGUGUUUUGGGCAUAUGGUUAGAAACAGGGAACACCAACUCUUAGUCCUCUUUGUAAGGCAGAAACAGUGGUCCUUAAGAAUUGUGCUCAUUCCUCAGCUGAAACUUGUUUUUACUUUCAUACUGCUGUGGUUUAAACUGGCCAAUCAGUGUUUUAAUUACGGAAGUAAGGUAGUAAUUUGUAAGACUGAUAUUAGUUCAGUGAAAACCAUUAGAAAUAUGUUCUGUGUUCCAACAAAUUUCUCUGUGCUCUGGCUACACACUGAUCAGGAGUUUCAAAUAGUGCUCUGACAUUAGGAAUUAUGUAUCUUUUGGUUUCAGUUUUGCUUGUUAAGGAAAGCGCAUUCUGUUAUCUACCUGAUAGGUAUGAUCCCAUUAGAGGCAGAUUAUAAUAGUGUCUUUCAAAACAUUCAGUUUUUUCUCAGUCAUACUCUCCUGUAAACACUGCAUCCUUUCACAUAGAGGAAAUUUCCAUCUUGAAUGGGUUUUGCUAUUUUAAAGUGUCAGAAUGUGGAAAGAGGAAAUUUCAUUUUAAGAGAUAUAUGGGUUAAGUGCUAAUGAUUCUCAUGCUAUUACAGGAAAAAAUACAUAGUUUUCUAUCACUUAAAGGACAGAACUUUUUAUUUUUGUAAUUUUCAUUGAUAGUCUUAAAUACUAUUUAAUCAGGCCUGAUUUUGUUUUUGAAAAUUACAGAUCUGAUAAGUGAAGAUAAUUUUUAUUUUUAAAGCAAAUGCCAUGACAGAUUCUUUUCCAGUAUUGAAACUGUGUGCUUAACUGCUUCAGAUCUCUGGCAGUUUUUCUGAAUGAGAACUUACCCUGUGCCUAUGGCUCCCAGCACUGGCCAUGUUUACCUCCUGGCUAUUUAUUUCAAAGUGGGAUCAACUGUGCACCCUGGGACCUGGCUAGAUAGAGACAGUCUUUUGAUCAUCUGAUAAUUGAGUGAUGUCUUUAAAUGGAAAUAUAAGAAAAAUAGUCUAGCAUUGAAUUAUUUAUUUCCCCAAGGCUAAAGAAAACAGUUCUAUGAUUUUUAUCCAGCAUUCUUUAUCUAUGAAUCCAGGCUGUGAUAACUGCCUUUUCUUCCUUCUGUGCCUUUAAAUACAAAUUUCAGUUCUGCACAAGUGAAAGAUUAAAAAAAUGCCAAUGCA